AUGUUCAGAUCAAUUACAACAAUAGCCACUCCAUUGCUUACAGCUGGAGCCAUAAUAACGAUCAACACUAACGCAAUUCAUAAUGACUCAAAACGUAAUUUCUAUGAGGAUGAUACAAAUGUUGUACCCGUCCCAGGUACAACAAUACCUGCACCAGCUUCAGAAAUUGAAUCAUUAGGAAAUAAUAAAUUAAUAGAUGGAAUAUCAGUACGAACUACAAAACCAACUGAGAAUUUUUUUAAACAAAUUAGAGAAUUUACAUCUCACAAAUUAAAUGAAUUUAAUCAUUGGAUAAAUCAUAAUUAUACAAAAUAUAAUGAAACUGAAAGAUUAGUUACUUCAACAGUUAGUGAUUUACAUUAUAAAAAAGAAGAUCUUUUACCAAAUGGUAUUUAUGUAGUAAUUGGAACAUUAGCAGGUGUAAUUGCAGCAAGACCAAGAGGUAUAAUAUCUAAAAUUUCAUUCCCCAUAAUAACAGGAUUAUUAACAUUUAAAUAUUUUUUACCAGUUACUUUUGAUAAUACUACUGAUUUUGCUUGGAAAUUAGAACAAAGAAAUUUACCUCAAAUUGCUGAAAAACAAAAAGAUGCUUAUCAUAGUACUUUGAAAUUUGCAAAAUCAAUUGAAAAUACAACUGAAAAUAGUAUUAAAUUAGUUGAAAAUGGUGCUCAAUCUUUAAAAAAAUCAAUUGCUGAUAUAACGGGGUUAAAUUUAGAUGAAGAAGUAUCUAAAAAGAAGUAA